GUCUUUUCUCUCUUUCUUUCAUCCUUUGCUAAAAACAUGUCCAAGAGGGCCGGAGAAGUUGAAGAUCAAAAUGAUACCAAGAAGCUGAAUCCUCAGCUGGCAGAUCCGAUCAACAUAACGAAGUGGAUCGAAGACAACAAAAGCUCAUUUCUCCCGCCAGUAUGCAACAAGAUGAUGUGAGUUAAGUCCUCAAGUCAGCGUAACUACAGCAUCAUGUUAUUUUAAGGCUCAAACUUGAAUGUUAAGAAAUUUAUCUUUGAUUUCAGGGUAUCCUUAAGAAUUUCUUUGAUUUGCUGGAUACAUGUUAUGUUAUCCCAAAUAUUGUUUAAGUUAAUCCUAAAUACUUAGGCAAGUUUUAAUUCAGUUUACGGUCAAUUUUUCGAAUGUACCGAGCAGAAUGUAUGCUUUAAUUUAUGUACCUAAGCUUUGAUAUGUAGAUCCUCGCUCUAUCAUUUCUCCAAAACUCAAGGAAAUAAUUUGACAAAUAUGUCUGAAAAAAGUGGUAUGAUACAGCAGGACUGCUUUGCAAACAUGCUUUUCACAUGUCCAAUAUACAUAUCUUUUAUGCUUGCAGCAAUAUCAGAGAGAGCUUAUGUGAUCAACACAGAAAAUGUAAAGAUAUAUUGCAUUUUUAGCGGUCGGAAAAGACAUCUGCUAAUUAACAGAAAUUAUAUCCUAAACUGCCCCACUGGGAUUUUUUGAUAAUUGAAUGGAUUAACACUUUGGUAUUUCUUUUAGCUAAUUAUAAAUAUUGACACAGCGCCAUGUAGGCAUUAGUAGUUUGUGUUACUUUAUCGUAUUGACUAGUGAGCCGUGCACACCUAGGCAAGCAGACUCUCUACCCAGACUCCUUUGCUCUGUGGACGUUGUUCCCGCCAUUUUGUUCAGAUUUUGUUCUGUUGUUUCCAUUUACCUUGUUGACUGGUGUGUCAAUUUAUCAUGAUCAAUUUUAAUUGUGUGUGUCCAACAGGCAUGUCUAGGGGAUGGGGAUCUAAAAUGGGUAUAGGAACAUGGUUGGAUUAAAAUAACCAUAGGAUACCUGAGCAUUAAUGACUAAUAAGAAUAAUAACGUUCUUCCAGCUUCAGUCCCUAAAACAUCACUGCCACAUAGCUGUACAAAAAUUUCUGCUACCAUCAUGUAUUUCAGACUACUUACAAUUGGACAGACUUAGAACUGUGGGACUUUGCAUUUUGUAGUCAUCUCCCUCACAGCCAAUUUAACCCUGUAAGUCCCGAGGGUGUCAAACACCAAUUUUCUCCCAACAAUGUCAAUACACUGAAUUAAGAGAAAAAGUUGUGAGAAUUGAUAAAAUGAUCACCAAAAUAAAAUGCUUUGAUCUUUUAUCAAAUUCUCUCAACUUAUUUUUUAUGGAAAAGUAUAGAGACCAGUUUGGAGAAUUUGUAUGUGGCUAUUGGGGCUUAAAGGGUUAAUGUAGUCACGCAAUGCUUCUGUGGGAAGGUGUGUUGCAUAAUGAUACUACAAUGGCUGCAAGGGAGAUUUUGCAGACAUGGGUUCAAUAGAAAGACAAGCAGUCUGGCCCAAGUUGUUCAAAUGGUGGAUAACGCUAUCUACUGAAUAAAUCUCUACCCAGUGAUUUUUCUGGAGGAUAGUGAGUGCUAUUCAGCAUUUGAACAACUGGGCCCUGUAGGGCUAAGUGGGAACGUAAUAAAGGUGCUCUGCAACUAUGUACUGCAGGGAAGGUUCCGGGACAGAUUUACAUGUUGUAGUGGUGGAUUGGGAAGCAUGUCACCACCUUUAGAACAGCCCACGCGCACAAAAAUUGUUUUUAAGGGACAGAAAAUAACUGCAAUUAAUUAAUACCGGCAGAUAUUUUACUUUGGUAGAAUAUUGUUUUCUAGCUAGUUCGGUAGCCACAAGAAAGGUAGGAGGCACUUUAAAACAUUGAGCAUUGCUUGGAGUCCUCAGUGCACAAUCUUGCACUGAAAUGAAUAAGUAAAUAAAUAAAGUCAGUCAAUGGAACAAACCUGCUAGGUUAGCAUGUUGUUGUACAAGGUCUUAAUGUGUCUUAAAAAAUAAAUCAAUAAAUUAUCGAGGGCAAAGGAAUAAAGAUAAUACAUUGAAUGAGCUACUUGGUGAAAUAAUAUUAUUAUUUCCAGGAUGUUUAACCUAAACCAUUAACUGUAUAAUGCAUUUUCUGUUUCUUAGGUAUGAGGCAGGGCAACUUAAGAUAAUGUGUGUAGGCGGGCCAAAUGUAAGAAAAGAUUAUCACAUUGAUGAGGGAGAAGAGGUAAUGAACUACCGGUUUAUUAAGUCAUGUAUUUUAAUACCAGUAAUUGAAGUAAAAUGGUCAAGUUUGAGGCAAGUCAAAAAUCGUUUUAUUUUAAACCAGUCGAUUAAUUCUUUAGCAAAGCUUCAACUUGCAGCUUUAAAGUUUAAAUGGUUCACGGUGUCUAUUAUUUGUAGCCUAAUAGUAUUUGUAGGUCAAAAUAAAAUUCAGGUCAAAGGGGUUUCAGCUUAGUCCUUUGUGUCCAUUUGUUCAUUUACAUUAUAAUCAAAGCUAUCAAUGUUCUUAUUCAUGUAGUAAUUAGGGCUAGGAGACAAUGAAAAUUUAUAAUCAAACUAGACUGAACCAUUUUAACCUUAAUUUCUUUGACCUACAGCAUACAUUAAUUGUAACAUACUAUUAAAAUAAUUAGCACUUUUUGUACACCAAUAUACUUGAAGCUCAUUAAAGUUUAAGAACAGCUCCAGAUUUAUGUCUGCUGUAGUCAUAUUACAAUCAGCAGUCUCUUCACUGUUUGUCUUCAACAAAAUUUCCUGAAUUUAAAGACACUUUACUCUUUAUUGACAAUGUACCUCUAGAUCAUCUUCAACAGCUAUUAUGUGCUGAUCAAUCAAUAAAUUUUAAAAAGAUAAUCAGGAAUUUUUUUGCAGGUACAUGUAAAAUCAAUAUUUAUUGCUUUGUUGAUAUUUAUCUCAUUAAAUUUUAAUAAUAUUAUAAUUGAAUCUCUUGUUAGUUUUUUUCAAUGAUCAAAGGAGAUAUGUGCUUGAAGAUUAUUGAGAAAGGGAAGCCAAAAGAUGUGAUAAUAAAAGAAGGAGAGGUAACGUGAAUUCCAUCUAUGGUAUCGUGUUUUAGCUGGAACACAGUUGGAACACACUUAAGUGGUGACAAGUCACAAAGACAAAUCACUUCUUGCAUACUGAAGAAUUUGUCACCAUGAAAAAGGUGUACCAAAUGAAAUCAGUUUGAAUUUGUGCAGCUUGCUGCAUACAUAACUACAUUGUAAAAUAAGUAGCGGUAAAAGAGUGAUGUGGGUUAGACACUAGACACUGUGCUCAUUACCAGUAACAAUUGUUGCUGUUAAAAGAAAGGAGUACUGUAAAAUUCCGAAAAUAAGCCCCUCCAAAUAUAAGCCCCCCUGGGGGGCUUGUUCUUGGAAUUUGCCCUUGAAUACAUUGAAAAUCAAAGUAAAAAUAGUAACUUUCCUUCCCACUACAAGCUAGCUGAAUCGAUUUUGAAACUCAAAUUUCCCUCCAUACAUAAGCCCCUUAAAAGGGGCCUUUGAAAAAUAUAAGCCCUGCAAUUAAUGGGGCUUAUUUUCGGAAGUAAUUGUAUGGUAUAUAGCGUGAGAGAGUUCCUCAGGCAGGAUAAUAUGCUGAGGAUUUGCUGAGCUGAUUUUUUUAAUGUCCUUUUGCCUAGGUAUUUGUACUUCCAAGCAGAAUACCGCAUUCUCCUCAGCGUAAAGAAGAUACAGUUGGUCUGGUAAUGAACCUCCUUAAAUUUAUUAAAUCAACAAUGUUUAUCAUUAAACAUCAACAAUGGAUGGGUGUAGGGAAGGUGCCUGGACAAACUGAGUGAGCCGCAAAUGAGCGCAGGAAUCUCAGUGGAGAAUUUUUCAGGAUACUUACCCAAGGACAUCCAGAGGGAAGGGAGGACUGGAACAAAAACAGCUAAAGACACACUAAGGCAACUUGAGUGAAAAGAUUGAUCCCAGAAAAAGUUAUGUAAAAUUAACAGAGCCCUGAAAAUGCUCAAAACUACCCUAUACUAUAAGAGUUAGUGAUGUAGACCACUGGCCAGCGUUGUCUCGUUUUUAACCUCUCCAAAUGACGUUUAUAGCCAUAUUUCAUGGGAUAUUUUUUGUUUGCAUUUUUCUUGUUUUUGUUGUUAUUGUGCAGCAUCCAGUAUUACCAUACCCUGCCCAUCAUCCUCUCCAGAGUAGUUUUGAUUGUAAUCAAUGAUUUGUACUUUGAUCACAACAUGUUGUGUGUGUCAUAAACGAUUUACUGUUACAGUGACUUACAUUGUAAAGAACCUAAAUUUCUCAGACGAGCACUUUUUCCUUAGGUUAUUGAGCGCGAGCGACUACCUGAGGAAUCAGAUGGAUUAAGGUGAGAAAUAGAGUGAUAAGGAACAGGUUGUUUGAGGGUUGGGAGUGAUAAACUUGAAGUCACUAUUUUGUAUGCACCAUUAAUUCAGUUGGUUAUGCCAAUACCCCAAAAUAUUAAUUUUCUUCUGAAUCCUAUCAGAACAAGGAAAGAAAAGAUUAAAAAGCAUUAUUUGAGCCAAAGUGGCCCAUCAGGUUGGGGCUGUUCUUGGUUUGCCCUAAUAGUGGGUGGGUGGAUCAGGCUGUGGGGGGGGGGGGGGGGGAAAAAAAUUGUUUUGAAACUAUAAUCAAUUUGUUUAGCCAAAACCCAAAAAAUUAAAUUUUUUUUUGAAUCCCUUAAAAAAAAAGAAAAAAAAGAAUAAAAAAGAUUUUUUGGGGCAAAAGGGGCCCUUAGGGUGGGGGUUUUUUUUGGUUGGCCCAAAAGGGGGGGGGGGGGAUAGGGGUGGGGGGGGGGGGGGAGGCAAAACUAGAGGGGCUGGGAGAGGGCUAUUUUGACACAACCCCUUCAGUAAACAGCAGUGUUUACUAGAAGCUUUGACGGGCAAGUACCUUGUUCUUACUUUGCCCUAGCCAGCUGAAUCAGGCCUUUACCGACAAAAAUUUUCAUGAUAAUUGCAGAGCUCAGUGGGAGGUGCAGACAGUUACCCAGUGUCCUGAGUGGGGAGGGUGAAAGUCUUGGUACUAAGGACAUACUUAGCAUAGGACCUGUAGACACUCACUGAGGCCAUGUUUACAUAAAUUCCGUCAGAUAUGUGUUGCUUUUUGUUAUCAAGUUUUGAAUUAAACCAGGAGUCAGGUCAUGUGUCAGAUAAUUUUCAGCUACAGUAGAACCCUGGUGACUCAAACUCUGAAGUGAAACCAAAAACAGUUUGAGUUAGCGGGAAAUUCGAGUUAUUGGGGUAAAUUUCAGUGAAAUUUUGAUCAGGGGAAAGGAAAUUUAGUUUGAGUUAACAGAGAAUUCUAGUUAUCCAAGUUUGAGUUAGCAAGGUUCUACUGUAUUAAUAUUACUGUACUGAGUUAAAUAUUGUAUAAAAUUACUUUUAUUUGUCAGGUACUUCUGUGAGGAUGGAAUGACACCUCUUUGGGAAAAAUGGUUCCACUGUGAAGAUCUUGGCACUCAGUUACCUCCAAUUAUCAAAGAGUAAGUUUGAAUACAUUGUGUUAAGCCAAUGGCCUUGUUUCUAGUCUGUGGCAGAAAAGAGGGGGUUGAGACCCUCGCCUUGUUCACUCCUCACCCCCAACCAUAUUUUGGAAAAGAAAAGAUUUGGAUGGCUGCUUUUUAAAAUUCUAACUGAAAUGUUUGUAAGUCUUUGAGUCCUGUUGCCUUAGCUGGGAGGUUAAGGGCUUGUCACUUCUACAACUUACUGUUAUGCAAAAGUUCAUAGUUGUCCAAUACUCCAACAAAUUUAUUCAUUGCUUUGUUAAAUUGUUUUGCUUUGUUCUUUAUUGUUGUCAUUGCUUUUGUACAGUAUUGUAAUGUGAAGACAUUACAAUACAAUGCCAGGCAUAAAUUUGUCAGAGUAUUGGACAAUUAAGUGUCCUCCAAGAGUCCAGUAGAAGCCUUCUGGAAGGCACUGAGAAAAAUAUCGUAACAGUCUUGUUACUUUUUUUGAAAUGAUAUAUUUUUUUAUUAAGAUUUCUGUUAAGGGUUGUAUCACUCUGUGUUUUAUCAUGAUUUUUCUCCAGAUACUUUUCAUCCAAGGCAUACAAAACUGGAAUCCCAGACCCUGGUAUGCUUAUUUUACAAUAUAUAAUGUUUUGAUCUGUUAAACCAUAGGAAAAAAUUUUACCCUGGUUUUAGCCAGGCACCCAGUACAUUGUACAUCUAUUUUGUUGUGCCUGGUCCCUUGAAAAAUAAUUGAUGCUAGGACUGGGACAUAAUAGGUGGCCUUGCAGUUAGGAUGCUCCUGGUAAACUUGACUUUGUGUGCUUAAUUUACCCCACAGAAAAUAUUGCAAAGGACCCUCCUGUCAAAGUCGACCUUACAACGGCAGUUGAUAACCCCUUUUCCUUGAAAGAGGUUUGUGAUCAACCAACCAAAGGAAAUUUGUUCUUAACUAUUUGAUGUACUUCUUCGAAUUUGUAAUUAUUUGGUCUGAAUUUCGUUAUAUUUCAGUGGAUUGCUGAAAACAAAGGUGAAAUUGAAUGUGGGACCAAAGAGUUGUUUGGUAAAGGAGAAUUCAAGGUACAGUGCACCAAGUGAAUUUGUAUGUGUAAUCAAAUGGUGAAGAGUAAGGGCUCCGGAAAUUAUUACGAUUUGGACAAAACACAAGUGAAAUUAUUCCUAAAUUUCACAAGUAUACCAUUGAUUACCUAUUAAUAUCGUGGGUGACGAAUUACGUUAGCAAGCAAGGAUUUUGGACAUGUUUAUCCUGGACCAUAUCAGUCCACACUCUCAUUGUCAACAUGGCUUAAGUUGAGAAUUUUCAGAAAUUUUCGACAAAAUACCUGCAAGAAUCCUUCUCGAUGUGCUCUUUCCUGUGUUUAGGCUUUCCUUAUACAGCGUCUUGUACCCUGACGGCUUCAUUCAUAACAUUUUAAAAACUUCGUUGCCAUGUAUCUUGGCACUGAGAUGUACGGAAAGUUGCCAUGGCAAUUUUGUAUUUUCACAUGUGAAAUUAUAAAUUAGCUCUGAAAUUUCUAAUCCAUGCAUCUCAACUGGAGAUUGAUUAUUCUUUUCUGUUGGUUUUUAUUAUUGAUGGGUAAACUCAUCUCUGCAAUCUUCCAGUACACAUAGUGGAUAUUACAUGGCCUUGUGGAGGUAUGAAAGUUCUCUUCGAGUGUUGUUCAACAUGAGAAGAGAAAUUUGUUAUUUCCAAGCAGCCAUAAACAUAAAGCUUUAUCAAGUAAACACCAAUGCAAAACCAAAAUAUUUCACUGAAAAAGUUUUUGGUUGCAAAAGGCUUGAGUUAUAAUGUAACCAUGGAAAAGGUGAACUUUUCACAUGUGAAAAUAACAAUGUAGUUUUCAUGUGGGAAGAUAUCAUGUUUUUGCACAGAAGCUCACCUGAUAUUUCACUGAUGUUUAUACAAUAAAUUACGUUUAUUUUACUAAAUAGCAAAUUCUUUAAUGAGAACCUUGAACCUAUUUUCUCAUUUUCUUAGAUUUUCAUACAUGGUGAAGACGAACAGUCUAGUGAAUGGGAAGGGGAAACAUGGCUUUAUCAAAUAGUAAGUUGUAAGAAUGAAUGUCAUUGGACUCAUGGGACUUUGAUAACAGUAAUCAUCAAAAUAAAUCAUACUUUUAUACACUUAACUCAGGGGUGGAUCCAGGAUUUUUCUUAGGACGGGGUGCGCGCCGCCACCACUAAGGAAAUGGCGUAACUGACUGGUGACGUAAACAAAUUUUAAAAGUGGAUACGAUGGAGAAGGCUUUUGACUAGGCAAUAACGUAAUGUGAACUGCUGAGAAAACAUGUCAAACAUACAGCAGAUUUUGUAUAACUGUGAAGCAACAGCGCAGUGUUAAUAUAUUAUAAAGUGGCAGGUCAUCUCAGGGGAGGGUGCGCACCCCCCUGCACCCUCCCCAUAAAUCUGCCCUAUUAACUGUCUCUUAUAUUAGCAGACACCUAUCUCCAAGACACUUCUCUAAGCUAAACACCUGGGCCCAGUUGUUUGAAGGCUGAUUAGCACUAACCCAGGGUUAAAUUUUAACCCAGGUUUCUUUUUCUUUUGUUCAAAAGUAUUUUCCUGGGUAAUUUCCUCCCUUCUUUUUAGAGCAUUCAAUCAUCAAAUAAAUUGUUGGCAGAAAGAAUAAAACUGAAUUUGCUUCUAAAGCUUUCAUAUCUGAAAUAAAAUUUCGCACUAACGCUGGGUUAACUUAACCCUUCUUUGAACAACCCGGCCCUGGUGUAGGUCCCUUUUCUGUCAUUUUUGUGUCAUUUAACUGUAACUAAACUCUGCAAAAGACAAAAGUACAUUCCUUUGGGAUUGACAGUUGGAAGUGGUUCGAACAGGAUCUGUCUUGGAGAUUUCAAAUGACGUAAUCACUUUUUAAUAUUGUGGUGUUUCCACUGUGUUUUUCUUCUCAAAGGCUUAUUCCAGAUGGUUCUCCAAAGAUUUACAUAAUUUUUUUUUCUUAACUUAACAGACUACAAUGUGUUCCUUCUUGAUAACAUAAAUGAACAAGUUUAGCCCUUGCUGUGUGAAUUAACUUCAUGUGGCAUGUGAAUUUUUUUUUUACUUAACUUGUAAUUAUCUGAUAUAGUGGUAAAACAAGUACCCCUAGUAGUCAAAAAGUAAGUGUUUAGUACACCUUUCUGGCAUUUGUCACAAUCCCUCCAAUAUAGCAUGGAAACAAGACUUGGGUGAAAAAAAAAAAAAAAAAACUGGCAAAAAUGGCACACAACAAGGACCACAAAAUGUCACCAGACAUCAUCAUCAGGAAGGAGGUCCAGAUACGCAUUGAAACAAAAGUGAUGAACAAAAAGACUGUAAAAGGAAUCCUUAAACUGAGGCCUAAACGUAUUGAAGAGAUAUAUGCACAAGUUUGUAGUGGUACUCAAAAUCUGUACUGGUUAAAGAGAAAUGUACUUGCAUGCAUGUAGAGCUUGCUAGAAAUAGCCUUUUUGGAUUAUACCCCCUAAACUUUGCUUUCAUUCUAGAGCAAGUAAUGCUGUUGCUUUGUGACAAAUGCAGUAAGGUCUGUUAAUAAGUCUUUCAUUAAAACCUUGUCGUUACAUACGUGGCCCAAUAACAAAUGGAUUAAAAACAUAUUAAUAAUUUUCUCUUCAGGAAGGAGAUGCAACUGUCACAUUAAAUGGUGAAAGCAAGGUUCUCUGCAAGGAUGAUGUUAUUAUUAUUCCAUCAGCUGCCAAGUUAGUCCUAGCUCAUUUUAUUUACAACUGCUCCUUAGUUAGUUUGCAAUAGCUUGUCAUACUAGGUGAUCUUUUCUCUACCAAACCUGCAUAGUCAGCCUACAGUUUACUACAUCAAUGGCUAGAAUUGCUGGCAGGAAUGAAAGUGUGACAUGAAGAAAAUUAUUUUGAAAACAAACAAACUGCCAACCUUUUGGGUUUCAGGUAAAACCACACCUUUCUUGUGCUUACUCUGUGCUUUUUUUAGCUUCUGCUUUCUCAGUUUGGCUUCAUAAGUUCAUGCAUCAUAAUUCCAGGGAUGGAUCAGGAUGAUUUAAAGUAGAGAGAAACUUAGGCUCAAUUACCAGCCGCUGUUCGGGAAAAUGAGCCCGCACUCAUCCCCUCUCUUCGGGGAGGAUCAAGACCGGACCCGGGAGACGGCAGAAAUCAAGCCUAAGAGAAACUCAAUAGCUGGGAAACCUUUUUUGUGGGAGAGGGGCAAAUGCCCCCACCAAACUAUCCCCAAGUUUGUCUUUGUGUAUUCCGCUCUAUCUAAAGAAUGUUAGUUUCUCUCUUGUAAAUUUUACUGUUUUUUUUUUAAUUUUUAGCUUUGCCAUUCACAUAUUGAAGAGGCAAAUUAAAAAGGAUGCAGAAAUACCCUGAAUAAAUUUUGUUCUGUUACACAAUAGGUACACAGUAAAGAGAUCCAAGGAUUCCAUUGGUAUGAGUGUGGUUAUGGACCCAAUGGCAAACAAGUGA